AUGAGUGAUCAACAGUGGAAACAGCUAGCAGAACAAUUGAGACGCAGAGCACAACAAGCCCCAAGACCAGCUGGAGGACCAUCGCCAGGAGGGAUUUUUGCUGGGUUUGGUGGGUUAAUUGCCUUAGGAGGUUUGGCCCUUUUUGCUCAAAAUACUUUAUUUAAUGUUGAUGGUGGUCAAAGAGCCAUUAUAUAUUCACGUUUUAACGGGGUUCAGCCAACCAUAUAUAAUGAAGGGACACAUUUUCUUGUUCCGUGGUUCCAAAGACCAAUUGUAUUUGAUGUACGUGCUAAACCUAGAAAUGUUGCUUCAUUAACUGGUACUAAAGAUUUACAAAUGGUUAAUAUUACUUGUCGUGUUUUAUUUAAACCAAAUAUUUUCCAAUUACCAUCCAUUUACCGUACUUUAGGUGCUGAUUAUGAUGAAAAAGUUUUACCAUCCAUUGUUAAUGAAGUUUUAAAAUCAGUUAUUGCACAAUUUAAUGCAUCCCAAUUAAUUACUCAAAGAGAAAAAGUUUCUAGAUUAGUUAAAGAUAAUUUGAUUCGUCGUGCAGCUAAAUUCAAUAUCGAAUUAGAUGAUGUUUCAUUAACUUAUAUGACAUUUUCUCCAGAAUUUAGCGCAGCAGUUGAAGCAAAACAAAUUGCUCAACAAGAUGCUCAAAGAGCUGCCUUUGUUGUUGAUAAAGCUAUACAAGAAAAACAACAAUUGGUUGUUAAAGCUGCUGGUGAAGCCAAGUCCGCAGAGUUGGUUGGUGAAGCCAUCAAGAAGUCUAAAGAUUAUGUUGAAUUGAAAAGAUUGGAUACUGCCAGAGAAAUUGCUUCCAUCUUAGCAAGAUCUCCAAAUAGAAUCUUAUUGGAUAACGACACUUUAUUGUUGAACACCGUUGCUGAUGGUCGUAAGUGA